CGCCAUCGCCGGAUCGGCCGCGCGGCCGGGAGGGGAAUGGGAGAUCUAGGGAGGGAGCUUCUGCCCGCCAUGCCGGUGGGGAAAAGGGAUGGUGGAGUUAUCUCAGGCUACCUGUCUGCUCUCCCACCGAGACCACCUAACUCCGCCCGCCAUGCCGGGCCUCGCCGCCACCGACAACUCGCUCCCGGCGGCCGCCGCGCCGCCUCUCGUCGCCGCUGCCGCGGAGGGUGCCGCCGGCGCCGUCCCCGUCCACCUCCUCGCGCGCCAAGCCCAGGAAGCCCGCCCCGGCCGAGGCCGACGACUCGCUCGACAACCCGGAUCUGGGGCCCUUCCUCCUCAAGCAGGCGCGCGACGCCAUGGUCUCCGGGGAGGGAGGCGCGGGGAGGGCUCCGAGCUCGAGCUCGCCAUGAGCCUCCACGUCGCCGCCACCAUCCACUGCGGCCUGGGCCGCCACGCCGACGCCAUCCCCGUCAUCGAGCGCGCCGUCGCCGUCGUCACGCCGCCGCCGCCCGCCGAGGCCGACGGCGAGGCGGCCGACGAGAACCACCACCAGCAGCAGCCUCAACCCGAGGCCGACCAGAGGGGCGAGAAGUGGUCCCUCGCCGCCUUCUCCGGCUGGAUGCAGCUCGGCGACACGCACGCCAUGCUCGGCCGCAUGGACGACUCCAUCGCCUGCUACGGCAAGGGGCUCGAGAUCCAGAUGGCCGCGCUCGGCGACCGCGAUCUCCCGGCGAGCGCCGCGUGACGCCGCCGGGGCUGCACUGCUUCACCCCCGCGGGCCGCUGGACCGCGGUCGCGACGCAGCGGAAGGACGGUGUGGCGCGCCGGCCGCUCGCACGGUCGAGCUGUCGCGGACCUGCGGCAAAGAAGAAAUUGGCGCUAAGUGUUGGCACUUUCCCUCCACCCAGCGCCAAGUCGCGAAGCCACUGCCUGCCGUCCCUUCGAUUCGCUCCCGACGCUCCGGAUCGUGCAACUGCUUAAGUUGCGGUCGCUAUAGCAACUGCACUGGAUCCAGGUCCCCGCACACCUCGGCUCCUCCCAUCCGCUUCUCUCUCUCCCCUCCAGCGCUUGCGUGGCCAAGAGGAAAGGGAUCUCCUGCACCUGGCCAUGGUUUUCCUCCGAAACCAAAUCUUUUUGUCGUAGCAAUAUUCCCACCGUUUCUUCGAUGCUGGACGGCGACCUAGCUAUUAUAACCAUGCCACAAAUCAGACGUGCCUAUUUGCUACUGGUUCGAACAAAGGACGCUAUUACAUCACUAAUCUAAGGAUGGAUAGACUGAUGAUACCUGUCUGAUUGAAGGAUUAACGGAUGUCUAUUUCAGUUGAAAGUAAAAGAGGAGGAGUUCUCCAUGUUGUGGUGCUACCAAUACUCGAUGAGUGGGAACAAUUUAUGGGAUUUUCUUCUUACUGUAUUGUCUUGGUUCUGCGGCAAAGCCCAAAAAAAAAAGGUUUGCUUGUAAAUAAAAUCUUGAGAAUCGCACAUGAAAGAAGUCAACGCAAGCAAAGGUCUUUUUACGAUCCUGCACUCUUCAGUUCUGGCACACGACGAGGCAAUGUCUCCCCUGCAGCCCUGUUAAAAUUCUUUGACAUCAAUUCUUUUUAUGGUUGGAGCAUGCUAUGGGUUGAACAAGGAAACGAAACGUCAGGUAAGCAGCCAAACAACCAUAUCACUACUGAAUUUUGUUCUGAAAACAAGUUUCAGAUAAUCCUGGAUCAAAGUGGCCAGUUUCAAAAUGAAAUACAGUGUAAUAAGAGAGGUUGCAAGUGGCAAGAAAGAAAAAGGAGAUACAGGUCCACAGUGCUCAAGAUUAAAACAGCUAGAUUUUUUUUAAAAAAAACAAGUAUGUCAAGAGCUCGCUAGCUACCAAGUCUCAUUCAUGCUUAGGGAAACAUUAAACGGUACUAGUUACUAGCCAAACAGAACACCAGCAUCCUGUGCAAAAGACCCACUCUUUUUCUACAUUAAGCUGCACGAACCGCCAGACUUGCUAAUAUUCAUACAGUUACUGGCCAAAAGAAAUGUUAAGCCACAUAAACACAAACUUCCUCUACCAAAACAUUUAUUUUUUCUUUCUGCGCUGCGGCUUAUAUGUAAUAACUCCAGGCUGCUCUUCAUGAAUGAAUUGUCGAGCAUGCACUUCAUGAACUCCAUGCUGUUUACAAAUUACUUGUUGAGCUUGCUCUUCACGAACACCAUCUUGCCGCUUAGCUGCUGCAUCAACUCCCAGGAUCUGGACCAGCACCAGCAUAUGGACAAGUAAUAAUUGGGUAUGUCAGAUAAAAUUAUAAGGUUUUUGCAUUGAAACUGAGCCACCCAGAAUUCACACACCUUAUUACCACCACGGGCACCACCAGCAGCAACAGGAGGAGGAGGAGGAGGAGCAGCAGCAGCAGCACCACCACCACCAGCACCACCGGCGGCAGCAGCAGCAGCAGCACCAGUAGCUUCACCACCACCACCAGCAGCAGCAGCAGCAGCACCAGCAAAAGCAGCAGCAGCAGCACCACCACCACCACCGCCAGCACCACCACCACCAGCACCACCACCACCACCAGCACCACCACCAGGAGUAUCAUCAUCAUCAUCAUCAUUCCACUGAUCAAACUGAAAAGGAGAAAAGCAGGCUGAUUAGUACACGUGCACAUACUUAAGAAAUUUUUUUAUGCUGUAAGUAAUCAAACUUACCAUGUGAAACCGCAUCAAGAACUCAGUCACUUCCAUAGGACUGACCGCAUAUCCC